AUGCGAGCUUUGCGCUUCAAUCAGGAUGCUACUUGUUGCUCAGUAGCUAUGUCUCCCAGCUCGCUUUGUAUUUAUAAUUGCGAUCCUUUCGGUAAAUGCUUUGAGCUCGAAAACGGGAGCCGAAGUAGCAGCAGGGAAGACUUAGCCAGCCUUCAGCAUUCGUCAGAGCCAGACUUUAUAGUGGAGAUGCUAUUCUCCACUAGUUUGAUCGCAGUUGUGGACAGAAGUCAGGGCUCACAGAAGAGUAAAAAACUGAAAAUUGUCAACACUAAGCGUAAGUCUACUAUAUGCGAGUUAACUUUCCCGCAUGAGAUUCGAGAUGUGGCCAUGAAUCGUAAGCGCAUGUGUGUUCUUCUAGCAAGCGAUCAAAUUUUCAUUUACGACAUUUCGUGUAUGAAGUUGCUCCAAACUAUCGACGUAUUGGAGGGGAAACUAGAUAUUGGCACUCCCUACUCAAAACCGGCCGGCUCCAGCGCCGCCGAAGGGCAGGAGUCUAAUGUACGAAUGGCACUGAGUAGCGACAACAACAGCAUCUUAUGCUACAGUACGUUUUCCCGGUCAUCUAAAGACCAAAGAGUCUUUAACGAUGUUGUAGUGUUUGACGCCUUGAAUGUCACACCCGUUAAUUACCUAAAUUCGGUCCACAAAAGCAGCAUAAGCUGUUUGGCCGUCACCCAUAACGGAAAGCUGGUAGCCAGCGCUUCGGAAAGAGGUACCAUAGUCAGAAUCUUCCAGACGGGCUCGGACGUAGAAUUUGAUGGCAACAUGCCCCUACUACGCGAAUUUCGUCGAGGGACGCGGCCGGCAGCUAUCUACGAGAUGAAAUUCAAUUCGACCGCUGCGCUCCUGGGCUGCGUAGGAGACACGGACACCAUUCAUGUGUUCAAACUGUCCGAGAGUCAUGAAAUGGAGAGCAGUCGUAGCUCUGACGGCCGAGAUUCAUGGAUAGAGUCCCGGUUGGCCAAAGACUCUCCCAAGCAGUUUGCGAGUUUUCUGUCUAAAAAGGUCAUUUCUCGCAUCCCCAGUCAGAGCGUAGCUCGGGACUUUGCAUUUAUGAAAGUGGCCGAGGAGGUCAAACAUUGCAUAGGGUUUCCAGAGGAGUUUCCCAACCAAGUUUACGUUGCCGGCAACGACGGAAUUUUACAAAUUUACGAACUGCCGACAGAACACGGAGAAUGUAUACUGCUCAAGAACAGUAAGUUUUGA